AUGGCAGAAAAUAAGGAUGGAGCUCAGGUGGUGGUGGAAAGAGUGGUGGUGGGGAGAGUGGUGGUGGUGAUGGUGGUGGUGGGGAUGGUGGUGGGGGGGAAGGGUGAUGGUGGUGAGGGUGGUGGUGGAGAUAGUGGUGGUGGUGAUGGUGGUGGUGGGGAUGGUGGUGGUGGUGAUGGUGAUGGUGGAGAUGGUGGUGGUGGGGAGGGUGGUGGUGGGGAUGGCGGUGGUGGGGAGGGUGGUGGUUGUGAUGGUGGUGGUGGUGAUGGUGGUGGGGAUGGUGGUGGUGGCGAUGGUGGUGGUGGCGAUGGUGGUGGGGAUGGUGGUGGUGGGAUUGCUGUAUAG